AUGGCGUCCACAUGGCCGCAAGGAGCAGAGCAAGGGUUGGCGCCGCCGGCGCCGCGUAGCUACCGCGGGGUGAGGCGUCGGCCGUGGGGCAAGUGGGCGGCGGAGAUCCGGGACCCCAAGAAGGCGGCGCGCGUCUGGCUCGGCACGUUUGUUACCCCCGAGGACGCGGCGCGCGCCUACGACGGCGCGGCGCUCUGCCUCCGCGGGAGCCGCGCCAAGCUCAAUUUCCCAGAGGACGCGUCGUCGCUCCGGCACCUGCCGGCCCCUGUGGGCUCUCGGCAGCCCAGCUCCUGCUGGAAUCGCACCAUUGACCGCUCGCCAUGCCCGGAGAUGGUGCACCGGAGGGACACGACGGAUGGGUUCAGCGGCGGUGACAAUGGCCGGUUCUUGGGUUCUUGGAACAUCGGAACCUCGUCGCCGUCGCCGAAGGCAACAUGCUCGACUGCUCCCGUCAACGCUACUCUGCUUUGUGGGAGCCAUGGAACAGGGAGCAGUGGAACGAAAGACGCGGGAAAUGGUACAGACAAACGCAACAACGCGAGGCAUUCAUAG